AAGACGAUCGUGAUGAUGAUGAUGACGAUUGUAAAGAUGAAGACAAUGAUUGUGAAGAUGAAAACAACGAUUGUAAAGAUAAAGAAGACGGUUGUGAAGAUGAAGAUGGUUGUAAAGGUAAAGAAGAUUGUUGUGAUGAUGAAAAAGAAGGUAAAGAGAAAGAAAGUUGCUGCUUAGGGAUAUAG